AUGACGUUUACAUUUUUUAUUUAUGUUACGAUUAAAUCCGGUCUUUUAUUGACAAUCUGUAUGACAGCUAUUGGAAAUAUUAUUUACGAUUAUAAAACUAUCAAUAAAAUUUUUUACUAUAAAUACUUUAAUUUUCAAAUAAUUUACUAUUAUUUUAUUAUUUUAACAAACAUUAUCAAGAAAUUGAACCAUUGGAAAAAAAUAUUAUUAGUAAAAAUGAACCAUAUUUUUAUAAUUGUAAUGAAGGCAAAGCCAUUGAAACUAACUUAG